CCCCGCCUUUUAACAAUGAAAAGUGAAUCGGCCCUGCUCUUUGGGUAAACCAGGGUAAACAUUACACGCUCCGUACUCUCUGACAUCGUCAACCUGUCGUCAACGUGGUAAAUUAGCGUGAGGUUAUAAUCCCCAAUGAGCUUUUAAAUGGGUAAUUACUAAACAAUUAAUGUUUCGUUGCGAUUGCGAAUUCAAAUGCGUAGAUUAAUUGUGUAAAUGUGAGUGAGACUUCCAAUCAUGUCGAAUACCUGUGGAAAUAAAUUGAAAUCUUCCGAAACCAUGAAGAAAGAAGACGUAUUGCAAGCUGUUGUCAUUUGUGACAACUUUAAUUCGUGGUUCGAACCAGUAUCCUUCUAUAUCCCAGUUCCGCUUAUUCCAUUAGUGAAUUCACCAAUUCUAGAAUAUAGUUUAGAAUUUCUAUCGCUGUCUGGCGUACAAGAAGUAAUUCUAUUCUGCUGUUCUCAUGCUGAUCGAUUCAAGAAAUAUAUCAAGAAUUCUAAAUGGAGCAAAAGAAGUGCACUUAUGAGUGUGAGUGUAAUGGUGUCAGAAAGUUGCAGAACUCUUGGAGAUGCCAUGAGAGACUUGGAUGCCAAAGCUGUCAUUCGCAGUGACUUUAUCUUAUUAACUGCUGAUGUUAUUGCUAAUAUACAAUUGCUCCCAAUCCUGGAACGCCAUCGGAAAUUUGCAAAACAAGACAAAGGAGCAGUGAUGACAAUAUUGUAUAAAGAAGCUGGUCCAGGACACAACACCAGAUCCCCAGAAGAUGAAACUGUUCUAGCGGUAGAUUCAUCUACAAAUAGAAUACUUUUUCAUAAAAAAGUGGGGCAAACUUCAAAAAAAAUUGUAUUUCCUCUGGAAACGUUUAUGGAUCGAUCAAAGACAGAGCUGUUGUACAAUUUACAGGCUACACGGAUAUAUCUUUGCUCUCCUGCAGUUCCUCCUCUCUUUUCAGACAAUUUUGACUUUCAGUCUCUGGAUGAUUUUGUAAGAGGCAUUCUUAUGAAUGAGGAGAUUCUUGCUAGUACUAUUUAUUGGCAUUGCCUUGAUACUGCUGAAUAUGCUGCUCAGAUUUCUACAUGGCACAUGUAUCAAGCUGUGAGCCAUGACAUCAUACAUCGUUGGGUAUACCCAUUGGUUCCAGAUGUUACUCUGACUGCUUCUGGUGAGAGAUACAUGUACUUGCGCCAUAAUGUGUAUCAACAGAAGUCUGCAAAGCUGGCAAAAGGUUGUGUUCUUGAAGAAGAUGUAGUUCUUGCAGAAGACACUGUUAUUGGGGAGAAUACAUACAUUACAUCUUCUGUUAUUGGAAGAAAUUGUGUUAUAGGCAAAAAUGUAUUUGUAUCAAAUUCCUAUUUAUGGGAUAAUGUUGUGCUGGAAGAUAACUCCCGUGUGGAGUUUUCUGUGGUGGCGAGUGGAACAGUAUUAAAGAAUGGCUGUAAACUUGGUCAAGGCUGUAUUGUAGGUCCAGAGACAGUUCUUGAUGCAAAUAAAGAUAUAAAAAAUGCUUAUUUGGUUGCCAGCACUAGUGUUUUGAAAGAUGAUGGAAAUGAAAAUAUAUCUGAUCGGAAAAUAGUAAAAAUCGGUGAAAAAGCUUUCAUGUAUACUUGCAUAACUGAGGACUCAGAUUCAGAGGAAGAGACAAAAAUUUGUCAUCCUUCCGGCCUCAUUCUGGAUUCUCAAGGGGAGAGUGAGGAAGAAAGCGAUGAUGAUUUAACUGGCAGCAAUGAUAUGUCCUAUAGGGCUUCUCCAGUACCUGAUGAUGUGAACUUGUUUUUCAACGAGGUUCUAGAUUCUUUGUCUAGAGGAAUUGAAGAUAAAUUGGAUUGUGACCAUUUAAUUUUGGAAAUAAAUUCAUCACGUUAUGCUUAUAACGUCACUGUUCAGGAAGUAAAUUAUAAUGUAGUCAGAGCUUUGUUAAGUUUGCCAUCAAGCUCCACAAGUUUUGCAGAGAUUAAGAAAGGACUGGCAUAUUUUAUGCCUAUUUUGAAGAAAUACAUAAGGAAUGAUGAAGCUCAAAAAGAUUGUCUUCAAGCUAUUGAGGAUACCAUUGGAGGAAAAUCAGAAUUGUGGGAUUCACUCCCAAAGCUACUUCAUAUAUUGUAUGGAAAUGAUAUUUUAGAAGAAGAUGCCAUAAUGGAGUGGUAUAAUACAACUGAUGAAACAUCUCCAACAGCUACAGCUAUAAGAAAGGAAGUGCAACCUCUUAUAAAAUGGCUUGAAGAAGCUGAUGCUGAAUCAGAUUCUUCAGAAAGUGAAUGAAACCCAUAGAGGUGCAUUAAGAAAUAAAAAAAGGUUUAAAAUAUAAAUGUACAAAACAUCCAUCCUACUUUUCUUUUUUUUAAUUAUUGUUCUAUCCAAGAUUAAAUUCUUAAAUGUUAAAAUUGUAAUGUCAGAUGUAAAAGUGGUAAAAAACAAAAUCAUUGUAUGUCAGUAACAAAUUUAAUACUCAACGAAUACAUUUAAUUUCAGUGUGUGUAAUUUUGUUCAUAAACAAUUGAAUAUUUUACUAUAGAACGAAAAUUAGCCAAGAAAAUGCUAAACUGAAUCUAAUUAGUACUGAUGAAAUUACGUGUGUACCUUUUGCUCACAAAAAUAAAAUCUUGGGUGAAAAUAUGCAAAUAUCAUUAAAAUUUCCUUCCUUUUCUUGAAAUGCCAUUUGAGAAAAAUGCUCCUCUCGAGAAUUGGUCAUAAUAAUAUCAAGGAAAUAUAAGAUUAAAUAAGAAAACGAACAAUUUGAUUAACUGCUUUCACAUUUUAUUUCAACAUUAUAGAAACAUUUAUGACUUGAGUACACAUCUGCGAAUUUUACGAAUAUGAAAGAACUUGCAUCUUCUUCUCAGAGCUUCUCUGCAUUCUUUCUUCCAGUCAAUACUUCUCUCUCCUAAUCCACUCCACUCAAUUGUCUCUAUUUCACUUUUUGUCAUCACAGUGCGAGCUAUAUCUUUCCAUAUCCUUUGAUCUUUUGACAGAUAGCUGAAAUACUGGCACGUCUGAGCUAUUUGAGCAAGCUCUUUAAUAUUUAAGUAACCAAGAAUUUUUAAUUGAAUUUCAUAAGGAAUACCCAAAAGAGAAGCAUUGAGAAUACCUUCUUCAUUUAGGACUGCAGAUCUGACUGGGUGAGCAAUUGAGUUCUUGAACUUUACAGACAAAUCUCUCAGAUUGAAGAAGACAGAUGCAACAGAAUCCCAGCUUUUAUCUUUAAUUCGAACAUAAUCAUCACACACAAUACUCAUGGAGUAACAUUGUUGUGGCAGCCCACAUAUAAUAACAUUUACUAUUAAGGAAUCUUUAGAUGGAAUACCAAUAAAUCGAAACCUAUUUUUAAGGAAGUGACCCAAGACAAAAGAGAUGUUGUAGUGGUGAGUACUGUUAUUUUUCCAGAUAUUAGGUAAGCUCCGAACAGGAAGGACAUCUGUUUCAUUUGAAGUUUUCUUUGUAUCCGAAGCUUGUGGAAUGAGAAGAGGCUGUAGAUCACACUCUUUCAUCAAAGCACAAAGAACACAUACAAUUAGAUCAUGCUUAUUCAAAUCACGUACAGCACAUGUACUGUUUUGUUUAAGAGAUAAGAUCAAUUCUUCCAAAGCAACAGGGAGCUGAUUUGAUGUACUUUCUUCCACAAGCAUCUCUAUUGAUUCUUCACAGCUCAGCUGUACUUCGUUAAAUAAUUACAUUUUUUCACACAACCCAACUAUUUCAUCUCCAGGUUCUUGUAAUUAUACAGUCAGAAUAUAAAUUAGGACUUCUCUCAAAUGCACAAGCAGCUAUAUUGAUGACACAACCUAAACUUACAAAUCAAACGUGACACGAUUUUGGACUUUCGCUUGAUAUACAAACGUGAUUCGCAUAAUGUAUAUUUCUGUAUUUGAUACUUAACAGGAAAUUGUAAUACGACUCGCAUACGAAUAUAUACUAAAUAUAUUAUUGGACUGGGCUGCUCCUUCGAUCUAAACAAAAUAUUUGUUUCGUAUCGUCAAAAUGACAUUUAUUCUGUUCCUGAACAGUUUAUUUGAAUUUUCUCGCAGAUUACAGAAAUCAAAUUCAAUACACAAUUCAACGAUAUUUAACAAUGAUCAAAAUCUUAACACUGCUGUCAACCGGCUUUCAAAACUGCCUCUAUAAAUCUACUGUGUAUUACACAGAGUGUAGGCUGUUUCGCAGGUGCCCACCCAAGCAGCAGCGCAAUGGUCGUUGGUGUAUUUCUACUCCAACACUUCAUAACUUUACAUGAGAAAUAAAAUAACUAGUGAUAAAAAUCAAUCUCCGUGUCUAUCCUACAUUACAUCAUCAAUGACGAGCAAAUGGACUAAUUUCGAUCAAUUUCGAUGGCUCGUUCGGUGGUCGAGUGACCUGUCAACGAACUCGGUUAGAGGUGGGGGCAGCGGAACGGCGACGCUUCCGAUCUGCGGGGUAAAGCGGGAAUAGCAAAAGGGGUGGUCGAUAGGGCAAGUGUAUAGAAUCGCGAAGGUUUGGAGUGUGCCAUAUGAGUGCUGGUGGGUUUGGUACAGGUGUGAUAAAAUGCGAAAAUAGUGGAGUACUGUUUUCUGUUAUGUUUGUUUAAAGCAUAUUUAUGCGUCGUUUGUGAUGUGAUGUGACGUGACGUUUGUGGCUUUUGACGUUUCUCCGUAUGAACGCCCUUGAUUUUUUUUGUUGGCAAAUGAAAAUGACAAAUCUGCAAAAAGUAGCUGCUGACGGCUUGUAAGCCUACGCAGUGAGGAAUGGCGUUUCAGUCGACCUUGCCGAAUUCCGACUUGCAGUAUUUUAUCCAGGCUUAUUUUUUUACAUAAAAUACGGCAGUAUGCGGUAUAUGUACUUGCUCCCGUCACUGGCCGUGUUGCUGCUGGCUGUGGCAUUUCGUCCUGAAUGGCUAUUUUUGUUUUUGUUUACUGUGUUAAUGCUGUUGGCUUUGUUAGCUGGAAUCAAUAUUUUUAUUGCUUCACAUAUCAAAGAAGCUUCCAACACUCGCAGGCAAGCUUCCACAGGAAGGCCUCCCCCAAAUUUGGAGGUUAUGAGGAAGUAUCUAACAGAAUUGGAGCCAAAACCCAGCAAACCCAAACGAUUGCCGGUUGUAUUUGGACGCAUGUUAGAUGAUGCUGUGCAGCAGUUAAUUGACUUAACAUUACAGGAGGCAAUAGGAGAUUGGUUAAAUGACAAUGGUCUUAGUUCUGAAGAAAUCCUGCUUACAAUGAAGGAAGAUGUUUGGAAAUUGGUGCAGAAUUUUCAAGAGCGUCUGACACGAAUUGAUUUAGUGAACUUAUUAGCUCACAAAAUGAUAACAAAAGUGACAUUGCACUUUGAACGAAUACGAUUAUCACGUAGUUCCAAAAAUAAAGAGAUCAAAGUGGAGAAACUGUCUUAUUUGGAAGAUGAAGAAUCAGAAUUAAAUUAUUUGAAGUGUAUUGCAGAAUUAGCAUUAACACUUUUACUACCAAAACCAUACUUAGAAGUUAUUCCAGUGAGACAUCUUUUAAAGGAAAUAUUAAUAUGUAAAGUUAUAUUCCCUGCAAUAGAAACUCUAACAGAUCCUGAUUACAUAAAUCAGAAAAUUUUAUUAUAUGUUCAUCAGCCUGAAAACAGUUCACCCCAGAGACGAAGAUCCUAUACUUAUGCUGCUAGCUUUGAAGAUUUCAUACAAAUGAUAAAGGAUUCUAAAGACAUAGAAGUACUUAAUCAGAUAAGAAGUAGUAUUAUGAAUGAAAUAACUCAUGCUUCAACCAUUCAUUCUAAAAAGAAAUCAAAAACAGUAUCUGCUAAUAAAGAAGUAUUUGGUCAUGGAAUUGCAAGAGGAGAUUUCCUUCAGGGGCGGCAGGUCCAGCGUUACAUUCAUCAGUUAACAUAUGCAAAAAGCCAGUGUGAGAAACAGUUGGCAGCAUUGGGAUGUGCAAGCUGCGGAGUGGAGGAGGCAAUGGAAGCCACUGCAUUAUCUGGUAGAAAGAUUUUACAGUUAGACACUCUGCUUGAAAAUCCUCUAUGUAGGCAGUUUUUGGCUGAAUUUCUGGAUCAGGCAGGUGAUAAAUUACUACUGAAAUGUUGGGAAGCAGUUGAGGAAUUGAAACAAGCGAACCGCUGUGACUGGCAUCAGCUAGCUACAGAUAUUUUUUAUAAAUACAUUAAUAAUCCCUCACCAGCAAUUUCUGUAGAAAAGCCUGUGCUGAAGCGGAUGGAGCAGUUUCUGCUGGGAAAUCAAGGACCAGAAGUAUUCUACGAUGUCCAGAAGGAUGUAACUCACGUCCUUGAGGAGAAGAUCUACCCUACCUUUCUAGUUAGUGAUACUUAUCAGCGCAUGGAAGCUGCUUUAGAACAAAUAGCUGAUGCCGAACCUGCUGAGGAAGCAUGUUUACAGGAAUCAGAUGAUCCUUUAAGCAACACUAAUGUAGUUGGAGAAUCAAGUUAUGCUCAUAGAAAACUUGAUGAAAUUCAGAAAAGACUCGAUGAUAAAACACAAGCAUUAGAAGCUCUACGCUGCAAUAUGAAACCAGAUCAUAGCGUAUUAUCUCGUUUAGAAAGUGAUGUGGAAACUCUUCAAGGAGAGAAACGGCAACUUGAAGCUCACUUAAUGCGCACAGAAGCUUGGUCAGAACAUCUUGGACGCUGGAGAGCUGUAGUUCAGUCUGCAGAGAUGUCAGAAGAAAAGGAGAGCUUGCAGUUUGUUUUAGUGGUCCAUGUAUUAGAAGAUGAAUCUGACUCAGAUGCAGUUUCAACUGGAUGGGUAGUAUUAAGGAGACUAUCAGAAUUUCAAGAACUACAUCGUAAACUUAGUCAGUUGAGUUCUAGUGUGAAGCAUUUAGAACUUCCUUCACAGUCUCUCAAAUUCCGUUUUGGCAAGUCAGCUCUGGAGAAAGCUUUGGAGAAAGCAAAAGGGCAGAUCCAAAAAUAUUUGCAGUUUGUGUUAGAAGACGAUACUCUUAACAAAAGUGAAGCAAUCUAUGCCUUUCUCAGUCCUAGCUCUGAACACUUAAAACAGACUAUACCAUCUCCCCAGAAACCCAAAUUUGCUUUCUCCACACUUCUUAAAAACCCAUUGCAGCUAGUAGAGGGUCUGUCCUCGGGGACAGACAUUACUGCUGAUUCUGGAGGCCUCGAUAGUGAAGAUGAGAGCUUCCUACUUCUCCUGGAUGAGAGUGAUGGACGAACCUUUCCUACUGAAGAUAGUGGUGGCAGAGAUGGAAUUGCAGAGCCACUGUAUGAUUUACUUGGAGAGAUCUUUGAUUUGAAAGGUGUAUUUAUGUGGCUCAGAAAAACCAUUAUCACUUUUGUACAAAUUACAUAUAAUAAAACAAUCAGCAGGCAAGUGCGAGAAACUGUUACAGGACUCUUUUCUGAGCAUAUGGUGUAUUCAUAUAUACAGUUCAUUAUUAAAUCUUGGUGGAUUGAUGGUAAAUUAAAAGCACCUCCUCCUCAGCGAACUGAUGAGCAGAAAGUGAAGACAAGAUCUGAAGCCAGGGACCAUUUUCUGGCCAAUAUUCCUGAAUUGUUAACUAACAUUGUUGGGCAACAAGCAAGCAGACGUGGAGCCACAAAAGUGUUUGAUAUCUUACAAGAUCCUCUCCUUAACAAGCACCUCUUUUAUGUAAGUUUUGAAACAAGCUUAUUAUAAUUAGAAGGGUCAUUAUACAACUUUGGGCAAACAUGACUCUUAGAAUGGCUCCCAGCAUCUAUUAAUUGUAUUGUAUUUUGUUUCCCCGAUAAAAAUAUGUUGAUAUAAUAUUAGUAUUUUCCCCUUUUUUUCUCCUCAUUUGUAAGUUACUGCUAAUGUCCGAAUCUGGCCCAUUCAUGACACUUCUCUAACAUUUCUGACAAGGCUCCAUACUUUGGGUCCAUCACAAUUUACAUAAAACAAACUUUGAGACUUAGUAAUGCAUAAUUUCCCAUUUAUUUUUAUGAUGAAACAUUUCUUACUAAUAAGCAAAAUGCCUUGCACAGGAACGAUCACAUUACUUUAUUUACCACUGUGUCUAUUGCUAAUAUUUGCCAGAUGAUGUCCAAAAUGCUUUAUCAUCAUUCAUACAGCUUUAUACCUUGUGUGAAUUUACCAGCUAUUUAGCUGUAUUUCGGACUUUAGCUUUAACCGAUAGUUUACGUGGCUCUUAAGUAAAUGUAACAAUAUUAACUGAAUUUAACUUCAUUUGAACAUGUUUACUAAUUAAUAUGUAACUGUGAUGUGGCUCUUGCAAAUAAAACACUGGAAUGCAGCUUAAUGUGUAAUUCCUGGUUUAGAACUUUAAUUUCUAAAUUAAUUGGUCCAGUGUUUCAGGAAAGAAAGACACAUCAUUAAUAAUCAUAAUUUUAUUUAUUUUAUGACGAUAUAAAGACUUGUUUUCUGUACUUCCAUUUCUUGCAUUAUUACACAAUAGUCUGAAGAUAGCCUUGAAUCGGUUAAUACUGUAUUAAUUGGCAUACAUUCUGUUUCGCUUCUUUUUGGUUUUCUGAGACAUGCCAGCUCUCUUAUCAGGAAGGGAUUUCAAAUGUACCCUAAAACAAAGCACAAAAUUAAUCAGGACUACAAAACUAUAAGAAAAACUUAUUUCAGUUUGAAAUACAAAUUUGGAAAAAUCUUUUCGUAAAUAUUCAAUUCAGAAGCUCAUUAGAGGGAGGUUGGCAUACAUUUGAUGUAUAAAUAAAUAUUAUUUUCUUUAAGAGACGUUAUUUCAACAUAGUUUGUAUUAUGAACAUUCAAUUUUCAGGAUCUGUUGGAAGUGGUCCUGCACGAAAUUUUUCCAGAAAUGUAAUAAUUCAGUGAUUACGAGUUUACAUUCCACUUGCACAAGUUUCUUCAUGUGCCAUGACUGAUAUAUACAUGCAGGUAUUAUGUACAACUAUUUUUGUGAAGUGAAUAGGUUUACAAUGCUGCCAAAGAUGUACAAAUCUAUUCUAAGAAUGCAAAUAAAUUAUUACAUAGUUGUCAUUUGUGUAUUUUACUUAAAAAGUAAUACCUAUUUUUCUCAUUUUAUUUAAGGAUCACUAUGAAAAAGACUGUGUUUACUAAGAUGGUGUAGUCAUGAAAGCAGUAAAAUACAAUUACACAAUUAAUACCGGCUAUAAAAAAAAAAUCAUUCACUUUAACAAUUUGGAUUUUUUAAUUCUCUUUUGAAUGUCAUGAAUAUUUAGUUUUGCCAGAAUAUAUGUCUUCUGAAACAAAGUUUUAACCUUUCAAUUUCUUCAGAAAAAUGUUUUUGUUAAGAUUGACCAACACACAAGUCUCACAAUGGCAAACUCUCAUAUUUUUAAGACUUUACCACCAGAUAGUACAUAAUUGAAAAUACACAUUCACAUCCUCAAAUGUUUUUGACAAUUACAGCAGGUGUUGUGGGCCUGUAGACCAUUAGGUGGGCACAAGCAGAAAAGGCGGCCCAGGACCGUAGAGACUUCUAACCAAAGGGUAUUUUUAAGAUUAUAUGAGUGUGACCCAUAAAUGACCAGAGGUGCAUGAAACUUAUUAAUUUAUGUCCUAAUGAGAAACAUUUCAGAAAGAAAUUUCAUCAAUAAUAGAAUUGAAUUGGAAGCUAGGUAGUAGUUUUGGAAGUUGAUGACCAACAAAAUAACACAGUAAAAAGUUGUCGAAAAUUUAAAAAUACAGUAAAAAAAUUUCCGUUAUUAAGACGAGCAAAACAAAAAGGGUAUUUUAAAGAAGUACUUAAUCUCUAAAUAUUUAAAUAUACAACAAAAUUUC